GGAACUACGGUAACAGCCAAUCAGAUUUCAGUUCAAUUUCUUCGAUCUUCCUUCGUAUAUAACAGCUUGAAAGAGUGAGAAUUUUUCCGGCAUCUGAAUACGGCGAUAUGGCGUCAAUCUUUGCUCGCAAAUCCCUCGCCGCUUUUCGUGCUCGUCAUCUGGCUUUGUCUGGGCAAGUCUUGCAGGGAAAUAGCCGUCUCGGGGCAGUAUGCAGUGAACGAUCAUUUGCUACGAAACAGUCGUUCUCUACGGACAAAGAUGAUGAAGAGAGGGAACAGCUUGCAAAGGAGGUAUCGAAGGACUGGAAUUCUGUUUUUGAGCAGAGCAUAAAUACAUUAUUUCUCACUGAAAUGGUUCGAGGGCUCAUGCUGACCCUCAAAUACUUCUUCGACAAGAAAGUUACUAUUAACUAUCCAUUUGAGAAAGGCCCUCUGAGCCCUCGAUUUCGUGGAGAACAUGCUCUUCGACGGUAUCCCACUGGAGAGGAGCGCUGCAUUGCUUGCAAACUCUGUGAAGCUGUUUGCCCUGCUCAAGCAAUCACCAUUGAAGCUGAGGAACGAGAAGAUGGGAGCAGACGAACAACAAGGUAUGAUAUCGACAUGACGAAAUGCAUCUACUGUGGAUUUUGCCAAGAAGCGUGCCCUGUUGACGCCAUUGUUGAAGGUCCUAACUUUGAGUUUGCUACCGAGACCCACGAGGAACUUCUCUACGACAAGGAGAAGCUGCUGGAGAACGGCGACAGGUGGGAAACUGAAAUCGCGGAGAAUCUUCGGUCUGAAAGCCUCUACCGUUGAGAUUGGAUUCGUCGGGUUUUCGGAUGAUGCUCUUCUGAAUAAGUAAGGUUUAAAUAAAUCUUAUGAAACUCACUAAAAAUUUGCUGUUGUUUUAUAUCCCAUGGUUGAUGCAUAUCUGUUUUUGGCAAUGAACUUUUGGUUUUAGACUGAAACACUUCACUCACUUCACAUGGAGGAUCUUGAAUCUUGUUGUGGAUUGAGAAUUAUUUCAUGUUGUACGACUAUCUCUAUCUAUAUUAUAUAUAUAUAUAUCAUCUUUGAUUUAUCAUAA